UUUUGUAACUCGUCAUUCGCUCGCCAUCGCGCUCGUUUUCACGGUCAUUACACGGCUUUGUAGCUGGACGGAAGGUACGGACCUCCACGCACGAUACGCGCGGGCCGAUACUGGUCCAGGUCCAUCGACUUCUUCAAUCUAGACCCCAAAGAGGAAGGUGUACCAUUCACUGGACCCUUGCUAAUCGCCUUGCUUUUCAGGUGUUGUUCAGUGACCAUCAAAAUUUCCCAUUAUUUAUUCCAGGUAAGUAGCCCUUCCUCAAAGGUUAUUCUCUUCUUUCGUCCACACUCGUCGUCGUCGUUUUGGAUUCUUCAAAAUGAUGGGACUUGGACGUCUGCUGGCCGCCACGGCCUGCGUUGCGCAACUAGCCUCUGCUUUUGCGCCCCUGUCAGUCAGGAAUCUUCGCUUGUCGUCGGAGAGCGAUCUUGCGCUGGAGCCGGAGGGUGAUUUCACCAUCCAGGAGAGCACCGACCCCACGCUGCUUUACCCUGCCCGGACCAUCAAGGUGCCCGUUGACCACUUCCACAAUGACACCAAGUACGAGCCGCAUACAAACGACACCUUCGACCUUCGCUACUGGUUCGACGCGACCUACUAUAAGAAGGGGGGUCCCGUCAUUGUCAUAGCUGCCGGUGAGACAAGCGGUGUCGGACGUCUCCCGUUCCUCCAAAAGGGCAUUGCGUACCAGCUCGCCAAGGCAACUGGUGGUGUCGGCGUCAUCCUUGAGCAUCGCUACUAUGGAAAGAGUCUGCCGACUUCCGACUUCAGCACCAAGAACCUGCGCUUCCUCACCACCGAUCAGGCGCUCGCUGAUACCGUCUACUUUGCCAAGAACGUCAAGUUUGCGGGUCUUGAGCACCUGGAUCUGACUGCACCCAACACCCCCUACAUCGCCUACGGAGGAUCCUAUGCUGGUGCCUUCGUCGCCUUCCUGCGCAAGCUGUACCCCGAUGUUUACUGGGGAGCCAUCUCCUCAUCCGGUGUCACUGAGGCCAUCUAUGACUACUGGCAAUACUACGAGGCCGCCCGGAUCUACGGCCCCAAGGACUGCGUGACUGCUACCCAAAAGCUCACCCACGUUGUCGACAACAUCAUCCUCAACAAGGCCAACGCCAAAUACGUGCAGAAGCUCAAGGAUGCAUUCGGUCUCGGUAACCUCACCCACACCGACGACUUUGCCAACGCUAUCAGCUACGGUAUCGCAGGACUCCAAAACACCAACUGGGAUCCCGCCUUGAACGACACCUCAUACGGAGAGUACUGCAACAAUGUUAGCUCCAAUGCGCUGCUGUACCCCGAGACUGCUCGCCUUAAGAAGGACGUCCAGGAGCUCUUGACUGUUGGCGGAUACGGCAAGGAAUCCAAGACGCUCACCAAUCAGUUUUUGAACUACAUCGGCUAUGUCAACGUCACCCAAGUACAGUCGUGCGAUGAGGCCGACCAGAACGCCUGCUUUACCUCCUAUGACAGCGAAUUCUACAAGAAGGACGAUCUUAAGCAGACGUGGCGCUUGUGGAUGUACCAAGUUUGCGACCAAUGGGGUUACCUCCAAACCGGCUCCGGUGUUCCACGGAACCAGCUCCCGCUGAUCUCCCGCGCCAUCGACCUGAACUACACCUCCAUCGCCUGCCGCGAGGCCUUCAACAUCAACAAGCCCUCGGACGUCGAGUCCAUCAACAAGUACGGCGGCUUCAACAUCAGCUAUCCGCGGCUGGCCAUCAUCGACGGCGAGAAGGACCCCUGGCGCGCGGCCACCCCGCACGCCAUCGGCCUCAAGGACCGCAAGAGCACCAUCAGCGAGCCCUUCAUCCUGAUCAAGGACGGCGUGCACCACUGGGACGAGAACGGCGUGUUCCCUAACGAGACUGCGCCCAACUUCCCCCCUAAGCCGAUCGAGGAGACGCAGAGGGCCGAAAAGAACUUUGUGCAGGCUUGGCUUGAGGAUUUUAAGAAGGACAAGAGUGGAAGUACGAAGCCUUGAGAGAGGCCCGCGUAUCGAGGGUUUCGCAUGCUGUGUGUGGAUUGUGAUGGGGUGUGUUACUAACUUUCUGCCAGGUGCCAGCGGCGUCCAUGAUGA